CGUAAACUCAAAAGCUGAACUACUCCAAUCAGAUUUGACUCAGAUUCGUAAUCAGUACAAGUAAAACUCCGAUUUAUUUAAUAAAGUGAACUAAUGGAAAAAUACAUUAAAGUUCAAAAAGAACGAAAUUUUCAUUCUUUGAAACAUCGCAGAUUAGAGCAAGAAAAGCAAACGUUAAUAAAGAAUUUAAAAAUUGUCACCUUCGGGCAUAGCCGGGAAAUUAUUUUAGCUGGUUGUGAAGAUGGGAAUUUAAAACUAUUUUCUUCUUGUAAUUUUUCUUUCGAGAGUUGCAUUCCCGCACAUUCUACAUGGAUUUCUUCAUGUCGUUUUAAUCCUCAGCAAACACACAUUUUGUCUUCAGCUGCUGACGGACUUGUCAAGCUGUGGAAUUUAUUUGAUGUCGACCUUGCCGAAUGUCUGACCACCAUAGAAGAACAUAGAAGUGUAGUUUGGGACUGUGCCUGGCAUUCAGGUGGAGAUUUCAUAGCAACUGCCUCGUUUGACGGGACAUCAAAAGUCAUCGAUCUUAACACUCAGCGUUGUCGUAGCAUUUUACGUUAUCACAAAAAUUCGAUAAACAGCGUAGAAUUUUUGCCAUUUUCGUGCACAAUCCUUACGGCGUCUGCUGAUAAAACUAUGGUUAUAUGGGACGGAAGAACUGUAUUUUUUAAUGGGCAUACUUUAAGUCCGUUAGGGAAAAAGUACUCAUCGAGGGACAUAAGUCUGCUAUCAAUGCUGCGUCAUUCAGUGCUAAAGUUAAAGUUUUUCUUUGUUUGUUAG